AUGCAUCGUCCCCAGAUGCCCGUCGCCAGCAAACUGCAGGCAUGUACCCUCCUGGCCACAAUUUGGCCGGAAAAGGGUGUCCUGGCAGGCCUGCCCUGGUAUCUGCUACGCGCUAUCUCCUGGCUACAGUCGGUACACAUCGUCACCGCCGUGAGCAUUGCGCAAGCCUGCGUUGAGGUGACGAAGUACAUGCUAUUACGCAUCAUCGCCGCAGGCAGCACUAUUCUCAAGCGCCUGUGGCUUAUUUAG